GCCUCUCCUGCGCAAGAUGGCUACCGCGGGGGCGUUAGAGUGCGGAGUGCUGGCGCCGGGAUGGAGACGUGAAGACUGAUUCCAGAGCGAAGGUUCCGGUUCCCUUUUCCUCGUUUGCGCGAGGCAGAGGACUCACUCACAGAACAAUCUCACCUUCCCAUUGAUUGUUGGAAGCUGGAGAAUCUCACUGGUGAGCUGUGGUGACUGGCAGCAGCGUGGUGAGGCCUGGCAAUCUACAAGACCUGUUCACUAGGUUGGGUGUUAUAUGUAGGAUUUCAGCAAGAACUUUCCAAGCUUUCAGCAUUGUCAGGUAUGGAUGAUAAAGGGCACCCACGCAAUGAGGAAGCACCUAAGGCUAUCAAUCCAACCAGUAAAGAGUUCAGGAAAACAUGGGGGUUCCGAAGAACCACAAUUGCCAAACGUGAGGGUGCAGGAGAUACUGAAGCAGACCCUGGUGAGCAGCCACCACAGCAGCACAACCUGUCCUUGCGCCGGAGCGGGCGGCAGCCAAAGCGCACAGAGCGGGUAGAAGAAUUCCUCACUACAGUUCGGCGCCGAGGAAGAAAGAGUGUGCCUGUCUCCCUAGAGGAUUCCAGUGAGCCGACUUCCUGUACAGUCACCGAUGUGGAAACCACUUCAGAGGGAAGCGUGGAGAGUUCUUCUGAGAUCAGAAGUGGCCCAACGCCUGGCUCCUUAAAAAAGGAAUGCCCUCCCUCUUCCAAAAAGAACAAGGAUGGUGAUGAGGAGGACACUUCUGACAGUGACAGUGAUGGCCUUACCUUGAAGGAGCUUCAGAACCUCCUUCGAAAAAAGCGUGAACAGGAACCAGUGGAGAGGUCCCUGAGAGGCAGUCAGAAUCGCCUGCGAAAGAAGUGUCGUGAAGAGGACCCUCCUACUGAAACUGUGGGUGUCCAGGCGGGUGGUGCUGAUGGGGACACAUCUCCCUACAAGCAGGAGCCCGAAGGAGAUGAGGGAGUGGUGACACAGUCAGCAAAAGAUGACAGAGAAAGUCAGUCGGAGAGCAAAGUGGCUCAGGGAACUAAAGAGGAAGGUCCCAGAGACACCAGCAAACCAAAGCCUGAGUGUGAGGUGUAUGACCCCAAUGCCCUGUACUGCAUUUGCCGCCAGCCUCACAACAACAGGUUUAUGAUCUGCUGUGACCGAUGUGAGGAGUGGUUUCAUGGGGAUUGUGUGGGCAUUUCUGAGGCCCGAGGGCGGCUCCUGGAAAGGAAUGGAGAAGACUAUAUCUGUCCAAACUGCACCAUUCUGCAAGUACAGGACGAGACAACUCCUGGCAUCACUGAUGAGCAGGAUGCUGGGUGUGGACCUGGAAGUGCUGAUGGCACAGACUGUACAAGUAUAGGGACGGUAGAGCAGAAGUCUGGUGAAGACCAGGGGAUAAAAGGUAGAAUUGAGAAAGCAGCAAACCCCAGCGGCAAGAAAAAACUCAAGAUAUUCCAGCCUGUCAUAGAGGCUCCUGGUGCUGCUAGGUGCAUUGGCCCUGGGUGCUCCAGUGUAGCCCAGCCUGACUCGGUGUACUGCAGUAAUGAUUGCAUUCUCAAACAUGCAGCAGCCACUAUGAGAUUUCUAAGUUCAGGUAAAGAACAAAAACCAAAACCUAAGGAAAAGGUCAAGAUGAAGCCAGAAAAGCUCAGUCUUCCCAAAUGCAGUGUUCAGGCAGGGAUUAAAAUCUCUUCUGUGCACAAGAGACUAGUUCCAGAGAAAAAAGAAAAUCCAUUGAAGAAGGUGGUGGUGGCUCCUAGGAGCGAAACCUUAGGGAAGGAGGUGACCUGUGAGAGCACCACACCAUCCUGGGCAAGUGACCACAACUACAAUGCUGUGAAGCCGGAGCAACCUGAGAAGUCCUCUGCACUCUCGCCCACACUGUUGUGUAAAUCCACGAAGGAUGACUGGAAAGCAGAGGACAGGGUGGCGGCGGCGGCGGCUACAGCCCCAAAGAAAGCAGCUCCUCCAGGCUCUUUGGUGGGCAGACAACCAUCACCUAGAAAUCUUGUUCCAAAGAAAUUGCCACCUUUUGCUAACAUGUCUGGAACCAAACCAGCCAUUAAGAAGCUGCCCACAGGCUUCAAGGGCACCAUCCCCAAAAGGCCAUGGCCCUCAGCUGCUCCAUUGGGCACUUCUGCUGUCAGGCAAGCAGGGCCAACUCCUGUGGCUGUGCCCACCGCUUCCAAAAAAUUGCCUGGUUCUAAUGCCAUGGUGGGAGUACUCAGGAAGCCAAUGCCCACCAGUGUUUCUGCAGCCUCUCCAGUCCCAGGACGUCUUGGGCCUAUGAGCCCUGCCCCUUCACAGCCCAAUUCACAGAUUCGACAAAAUAUAAGACGCUCCUUGAAGGAGAUUUUGUGGAAAAGAGUCAAUGACAGCGAUGACUUAAUUAUGACAGAAAAUGAAGUAGGGAAAAUUGCCCUCCACAUUGAGAAGGAGAUGUUUAACCUGUUCCAGGUUACAGAUAAUCGCUACAAGAGCAAAUACCGCAGCAUCAUGUUCAACCUUAAGGAUCCUAAGAAUCAGGGGCUCUUCCAUCGUGUUCUACGGGAAGAAAUCUCACUGGCAAAACUUGUGAGAAUGAAACCUGAAGAACUUGUAUCUAAAGAGCUUUCUACAUGGAAAGAGAGGCCAACAAAAUCUGUGAUAGAGUCAAGGACUAAGUUGCAUAAUGAAAGCAAGAAGAAUGUCACUAAGGCAGAAACCAUUCCAGACAUGGAAGAUUCUCCACCAGUGUCAGAUUCAGAUGAACAGCAAGAGUCAGUACGAGCUGCUCCUGAAAAGAGCACAGCACCUCUUCUUGAUGUUUUUAGCAGCAUGCUAAAGGACACGACAAGUCAGCACCGGGCCCAUCUUUUUGAUCUCAACUGUAAAAUUUGUACAGGUCAAGUUCCAUCAUCAGAAGAUGAACCAGCUCCCAAAAAACAAAAACUGUCAGCUUCUGCUAAGAAAGAAGACUUGAAAUCCAAGUAUGACAGCUCUUCAUCUGAUCCAGUACCUCACUCGGCUGAUGAAGGGAUUGCAGAGACUCUGCCUGAAAGUGCUUCUGAGCCAGACUCAGAAAGUGUGUCUGGUUUGAACCAGGAGAGAAAGUAUUUCUCUGAAUCCCCAGGAGAUGGCCAUCCUGAGCUCUCCCCACUAGAUGGUCUCUCCUCUUGCCCAGCCUCCUCUGGGAGUAUGGUGGUCACCACAGUUACAGUCUCUGGCCGGGACCCUAGAACUGCUCUGAGUGGGUCAAGCACAGUCAUGACCUCCACAGCACCCCAUCUGGACAGCACCCAUACAACAGAACCCAAACCAGAUGUGCUAAAGCCUGCUUUGACUCCUGCAGUGGUGCCCAAGUCCAUACUGGCUAAGCCAUCCUCUUCCCCUGAUCCAAGAUACCUGUCAGUUCCAUCAUCACCAAGUACCAGUGUCUCGGAAUCACGAUCCCCUCCAGAAGGUGACACAACGCUCUUUUUGACUCGGCUAAGCACCAUUUGGAAAGGAUUUAUUAACAUGCAGAGUGUAGCAAAAUUUGUCACUAAGGCGUAUCCUGUCUCUGGGUGUUUUGAUUAUCUCAGUGAGGAUUUGCCAGAUACCAUCCACAUUGGUGGAAGGAUUGCUCCGAAGACAGUUUGGGAUUAUGUUGGCAAGCUCAAGUCUUCUGUGUCUAAGGAGCUCUGUCUGAUCCGCUUUCACCCAGCCACAGAGGAGGAAGAGGUUGCCUACAUUUCUCUCUACUCCUAUUUUAGCAGCCGCGGCCGCUUUGGGGUUGUAGCUAAUAACAACAGGCAUGUCAAGGACCUCUACUUGAUUCCACUGAGUGCUAAGGACCCUGUGCCAUCCAAACUCUUACCCUUUGAGGGACCAGGUCUUGAGUCACCACGUCCAAAUAUAAUCCUUGGGUUAGUAAUCUGUCAAAAAAUUAAACGUCCUUCAAGUGCUGGAGAGUUAGACAAGAUAGACGAGAAACGGAUGCGGCUCCAGCCAGAAGAAGCAGAUGCUUCCGCCUAUCCCAAAGUAACCGUAGGCCCCCCAACUGAGAAGAGGCCCCCAAAAUAUCCGCUCCACACAGCAGAUACUGUGGUUAGCACCACGCCUCCUGGCUCUCCUCCACCUCCACCCCCUCUUCCUGAACCCCCAGGGUUAAAAAUGCCACCUCUCAAGCCAGGCCCUUCCUGCACUGCCCCAGCACCCACUACAGCAGCAGUGGUCACCACGGCCACUUCCAAAACAGCUUCGCCUUUGGAGCACAUCCUGCAGACUCUCUUUGGGAAGAAGAAGUCAUUUGAACCCCCUGCCAAAGAGUCUGUUGGACCUGCCCCAGUUUCCCAUCAGGAUCCCAGAGCCAAAGGUGAGGAUGGUACAUCUGCAGCUCCUUUGUUAGAUCCAAUUGUACAGCAGUUUGGCCAGUUCUCAAAAGACAAGGCUGUGGAGGAGGAGGAGGAAGAUGACAGACCCUACGACCCUGAGGAAGAGUACCGCCCAGAGCAGGCCUCUCACCCCCUGCUUGCUGAGCCAGGGAGACACCACAAUGCUGCAAAGGCACCCGAGACAGCAGAGAGGGAAGAGGUGGCCUACGACCCUGAGGAUGAGACCAUCUUGGAAGAAGCCACAGUGGCCAUCGACGACCUGCCCAGUCGGAUGUGUGUGAAAGCCAGCUCUACAGAGAGGCCUUCCGACUUCACUGACGCCUCCACUGCCUCCCUGGUUGAGCAACAGAAAAUGUUAGAAGAACUGAACAAGCAAAUAGAGGAGCAGAAGCGUCAGCUGGAGGAGCAGGAAGAAGCUCUGAGGCAGCAGAGGGCUGCGGUCGGCGUCUCCAUGGCACACUUCUCCGUGUCAGAUGCAUUGAUGUCACCACCUCCUAAAUCUUCUCUGGCCAAGACAGAGCUGUUUCCAAGGGAACAGCAGGCCCCGGACCCGGGUCAGGGAGCUGCAGGGGCAAACCACAGUUCAGAUCCAAGGCAGAGUAGAGACCCGCGGCAGGCCAGGCGGCUGGCCACUGAGAGCAGCGAGAGCGAGCCUCUCUCUAAGGCCUCAGCAGGCAGCACACAGGGUCUGCAAGGCACCCUGCUUGUCAGGGAGAACCCUACCGGAGAAGCAGUGGUCCAGGGAACCAUGGCCCCAGAAGCCAAGGACUUAGCGCCUGCUCCCUGGGCUUCAAGUGAAAAGGCUGUGCCGAGGCCUGAGAAUGACGGCCAGAGGUGUGAGCAUCCCAUGAACCCCAUCCCACUCCCCUCAGAGAGCAGCCAUCCCCCUACAGCUGGGGAUGGCUCAGCCAGACCAGCCCCACCCCGCAGAGUGCUGCUGCCCACGCCCCCGAGCACUUCCUUCCAGCCUGGCUUCCCUGUGCAGCCUGAUGCGCAGAGUUUUAAUUCGGGAGGAAGGGAGCCUUUCUCAGGUCCCAUGUUCUCAUCUCAGGAUAAGACUCUCAGCUCAUCCCAGUAUGAGGACCUGCGGACUACUCAGUCUGCAGGGAAGGGUGACAGCCCAGUAGUUGACAGUGAGGGUAGCAGAGAGCCACAGCCCAGGCCUAGCGAGGGCACAAGCCAAUUUCCCCCUCCGGGGCAAAGGGGAGUAGGCCCUCAGCCUCAGUUUCCUGGCCAGCGUGAACCCACACCACGCCCUUUGGGGAUGCCAGGACUUCAUGGUCCCAGUUUCCCAGGACCUAGGGGGCCAGUCCCUCCUCCAUUUUCAGAAGAGAAUAUUGUUUCUAACAGUGAUGGACCAAGAGGACCGCCACCUGUCAGAUUCGGGGGACAGAAGGGACCAAUUCCUUCUUUAUUCUUGGGGCAGCAUGGGCCUCCUCCUUAUGGAGACAACAGAGGGCCCUCACCUUCUUACCUUGGUGGGCCCAGAGGAGGAGCGCCAGCUCAAUUUGAGGAAUGCAAGGAUCUCCAUGGGGAACAAAGGGAAUUCCAGGAUACACCUCCAUACAAUGAGAUGAUGGGAGCCCCUGCCCAGUGUGAAGGACCAGAGCAGGCUCAGUUCAUGGGGAAUAGAGCACCUUUCCAGUUUGGAGGCCCUAGAAGGCCUCUGCUGACUCAACUGAAAGGGCCUCGAGGAGGACCCCCACCCUCUCAGUUUGGAGGCCAGAGAGGACUGCCCCCUGGCCAUUUUGGGGGCCCACGUGGGCCCCAUCCUGGCCAGUUUGAAACUGCCCGUGGCCCCCACCCCAGUCAGUUUGAAGGACCCAGAGGCCAAACACCGGGUUUCAUGCCAGGCCCCCGGGGCGUUCAGCCUCAGCAGUUUGAAGAGCAGAGGGUGAAUUCCCCACCUCAGUUUGCAGGCCAGAGGGCACCCACACCACUGCCAUUUGGGGGACCAAGAGGACCUGCACCUUUUGCUGAGAAAAAUGAACAGGCAUCUUCCCGAUUUCACUUCCAAGGCCCACCUUCUCAAGCUAUGAAGCCUACUCCCAGGCCCCUGCUGGAGCUUCCAAGCCACCCUCCCCAGCACAGGAAGGACAGAUGGGACGAGGCUGGCCCUUCUGUCCCCCUGCCCUCUAGCACAGCACCUGGACAGGGCUCUGAGGCUGAUGGGCAGUGGGCAUCAUCCGAGUUCCGAGAAAGCAAAGGCCAUGAGUACAGGAGCCAGAGUUUUGAGGGGAGGAGGGAGCGGUUUGAAGCUGGGCCCAAGGAAAAGUCAAUGGAUGACCCCGAAGCCCAAGGGCCAGAGAACAGACAGAGCCGGGCAUUUGAAGACAGGCGACGAGAACGAGACCGGGAGCGUGGCAGAAACUGGAGUCGAGAGAGGGACUGGGAGAGGAACCGGGACUGGGACAGACACCGUGAAAAGGACUGCAAUCGGGAGUGGGACAGAGGCUGGGAGAGGAGCUCCAAUAGGGACAAGGAGUGGGACCGAAGCCGAGAGAGAAGCAGAAACCGUGACCGAGACAGGCGGCGAGAGCGGGAGCGAGACCGUGACCGUGAGAGGGCCCGGGACAAGGAUCGUGAGCGAGGCCGUGACCGGAAAGACCGCAGCAAGAGUAGAGAGCGAGCUCGGGACCCAAAGCCUGAGACCAGGUCCUCUGAGGGUAGCACUGCCUCAGCUCAGGCCUAAAGGCUUUGUACCAGGGCUGUGGUAGUGUGGAUGUGUGCAUAGACUUGCUGUUCUUGUACAUAUAGGCUCAGCCUGGCAAAGAUCCUUUAAAGGCCAAGUUCAUAAAAUGUUUUGAGCAAAGAGUUUUUGAACUAGCUAUGAACUUAGAUGCAAGAUAGAAUAUUCUGGACUUCAGGAAUUACUGUAAUUUUGUGUAUAAUGGUUUGUUACAAAUUUCCCCAUCUUUACAAUUCUGAUGCUUUUUAAAAAAUAUUUCCAUUUAAGAUUACAGAAAUGGGAAAGUGUACAAAAGCAUAUUGCUUUUAUCGAUAUAAAGUUAUCUUUUCCAACAACUUGACUGCUGUAAAUUUUAAGGUAAUUUCAGUGGACUUCAGGACCCCUCCCUCUGUUAGCACCUCAUCUGUUUCGUGUUUCCAAAGCUGUUCUUGGCCUGGUGGCUUUCCUGGGCCGGAGAGCACUGUUGGGUGAGAGAGUUGGACCUGUGCUGCAGCCGUGAGCGGGGCCGUCUUCCUUGCUCCCCUUGAAUGUACCAAUUACAAAUUAUUUUCAGAAACAAUUAGAAACAUCUUUCCUAGUAGGAAUUGCUGCGUUUUAAAUAACAAUUUAUUUUUAAAUGUUCAAUUUUAUCAGCGUAAAGAGUAAACCAGUUCAGUGUGUUUUAAGAGAAGUGAUGGGCAUCUUCCUUCGACGUGCAGCCAGGAGCAUGUUGUUCACCGCUGCGCUCUCUGAGUCUCUCCCCAGGUCCUCAGACUUGCAUUCAAGUCGAUCUGUCCUGAGACAGUGGACUUGAAAGCUCGUUAGUGGAAUGAACUGGGCAGUGUGUACAAAGUGGGGAUGGUUCAGGACAGUUGGUGGAAUGGCUCUUCCUGCACAUCCCCAGGUGCUUCUCGAGGUGCAGUGAGUAGGCCAGCUGACUUACCUGAUUGCACAUAUGUUUGUGGUUCUUUUUAUAUUUUCAUAAACUUGCUUUUGCAGAUAAGAGAAUGAAGAGUUUCGUUUGUUUGUUGGAGUCUUUCCAUUGUACAUCACUACAGAUUUUUCACUUUAUAGCACAGGUUUUUAAGUUGAGAAAACAUGAAGAAUGUAGCAAUUUGGGGUGCUUGUUAUUAUAAACCAAGUGUUGAUGGUUUAAACUACAUGAAAGAGUUUCAACAUCUAAUAUGAUGUGAAAGGUUUUUUUACAUAAAGCAAAUUUUUCUAAUUUAAAUACACAAGUGUAAAAAAUCAAGUGGGUGUGUUCUUUAGGGUUACUUGAUAGAAAUUUCUGUAAAUUGUAUUUUGUAUUGCAGAGUAUAUCACUGUACAUUAAAACAGGACUUAAUAGGUUUUGUUACUUGAAGUAGAAUAAAUAUCUACAGAGUU